AUGUCGUUGACGCGCCAGGCAGCUUCGGUCAAGACGGUGGUCGGGCGAUCGACGCGCGCCAUUGCCCCGCUCAGCGUCUCGCCCAGCCACCCCGCAAAUGUUGUGGAUUCAAAAAUCGACUACAAGACGGUCGACUCCAUCCAGAAGUCCGCCGAGCAGGCCACCAAGCACGGGCUCUUCGUUAGCGGUCUUCAGGUCAAGGGAGUGAAUGUAACUUCCCGCCGCCUCGCCUCCACCUACGACGUUUCGUACCCCAACUUCGACGAGUACCGCCGCAAGUCCACCCUCGACACCAAGGUCGCCUCGCGUGACACCGAGCCUGAGCGUCUUGGCAUUCAGCGAGCCAUUAAAGGAGUUGCCUUUGGAUCUUUCGGUCUGUGGGGCGCGAAGGAGGGUGUCCAGACUCUUCUUUAUGCCAAGAGUAUGUCCAUGGCCACCCGUGCCCUGGCCGCUAUCGAGAUUUCGAUGAACGAUAUUCCGGAAGGAACGACGAAGACUUACGAGUGGCGUACCCGGCCCGUCUUUGUUCGGCACCGCACCAAGGCUGAGAUUGCCCGUGAGAAGGCUGUCAACGUUGCCGAGUUGCGCGACCCCGAGACUGACGAAGUUCGUGUGAAGCGUGACGAGUGGUCGGUUGUGAUUGGCGUGUGCACCCAUCUUGGAUGCGCUCCGAUCGCUGGCGCUGGUGAUUUCCUCGGCUACUACUGCCCUUGCCACGGCUCUCACUACGAUGCUUCUGGACGUAUCAGGAAAGGCCCGGCUCCCCGCAACCUUGACGUGCCCCCGUACGUCUUCAAGGGUGACACGAUCGUCGUCGGCGAGGAAGAGAAGAAA